AUUGUAAAUAAGAGCGCAGCCACAUACGGAGUAGCGUGCGGAAGCCAAAGGGACUAAGGGGGGUGGGGGGUGCUGGGAGGGGGUCACAGUGUAGAGGACAAUCCAAAAGAGGCAAGCCGGCACGAGCUCGCACCCCCUGCGCCGCGCCAGAGCUUCCUUCCCACUUGACUUUUCUCUUUUCAACGCUUUUCUCUUCCUCUUUUUCUUCCCCCUGACCCCUAACGCUGCCGCUCAAGGUAACUUAGAGCAGGAAGUUGGCCGUCAGCGCAGAGGGGGCCGGGGACUGGAGUAGAGGGGAGGGAGUUUGACAGACAGGCUCGGUAAGCCAAUGAGGCCGCAGUAUCGCGCGCUCUCCUUGGUAGAGAGGCGGGGCCAGGGUGUCACGUAGCAGGCUAGAUUGAUUGCUGGGCCAGUGUUAAAGGCAAAGCGGUUUGAGUCGGGAGUCGGACUGUGACUGCUCUCUCGAACCCUCCUCCCUGGUUAGUUUUUUUUUCCUCCUCCUUUCUUAAACUGGGAGUCUUCAAAGGAAAUUCGGAAGGGGGGCUCAGUGAAAGAUUAAAAGGAGAGAGUUUCUUUUUUCACCCCGUGGCGGAGCGACACUGCCUUUUUGGAAAGAAGUUCUUGCUGCAAGGAGACUCCAAACAGCUUCCUGCCCCCCUUCCCCCGUCCCCCCCUCCAUCAACACGGAACGGACCAUCCACCAUGAAGGGCACGGGCUUUCCAGAUCAUGUCCGCGGAUUCGUUUGGCGCCGGCAGCAGCGAUGCCCAGCAGACUCUUCAGUCCUUCUGGCCUCGCGUCAUGGAGGAGAUCCGGAACCUGACUGUGAAGGACUUCCGCGUGCAGGAGUUGCCUCUGGCUCGAAUCAAGAAAAUCAUGAAGCUGGAUGAGGAUGUGAAGAUGAUCAGCGCUGAGGCGCCGGUGCUGUUUGCCAAGGCGGCGCAGAUCUUCAUCACCGAGCUCACCCUCAGAGCGUGGAUCCACACGGAGGACAACAAGCGACGCACCCUACAGCGGAACGACAUCGCCAUGGCGAUUACCAAGUUCGACCAGUUUGACUUCCUCAUUGACAUCGUCCCCCGAGACGACCUGAAGCCCCCAAAGCGACAGGAGGAGAUGCGUCAGACGGUGGCCCCGGCAGAGCCGGUGCAGUACUACUUCACCCUGGCGCAGCAGCCCGGCGCCGUGCAGGUGCAGGGCGCGCAACAGGGCCAGCAGGCCGGCGCGCAGACGGCCGCCACCAUCCAACCCGGGCAGAUCAUCAUCGCGCAGCCGCAGCAAGGACAGAUGCUUCAGGGGGCCACCAUGCAGCAGUUACAGCAAGUGCAGGUGCAAUCACAGAACACGCCCAUCACGAGCGCCCCCGUGGCCAUGCAGGUGGGUGACCAGCAGGUGCAGAUUGUGCAGGCGGCGGGGGGUCAGGCGCCGACGGCCCAGGCCCAGGGCCAGACCAUGCAGGUCAUGCAGCAAAUCAUCACCAACACGGGCGAGAUCCAGCAGAUUCCGGUGCAGCUCAAUACGGGCCAGCUGCAGUACAUCCGCCUGGCCCAGCCCGUCUCUGGCGCACAGGUGGUCCAAGGACAGAUUCAGACCCUCGCCAACACACAGCAGAUCACGCAGACCGAAGUGCAACCGGGACAGCAGCAGUUCAACCAGUUCACCGACGGACAGCAGUUGUAUCAGAUCCAGCAGGUGACGGUGCCGGCCGGUCAGGAUUUGAGCCAGCCCAUGUUCAUUCAGUCCACCAGCCAAACGGGAGAAACGCAGGUCACGCAGGUCACCAGCGACUGAGCUCCAACUGACCACCUCGUCCAAAACCAGGCCCCGCCUCAGCUUUUUUUUUUUGUACAGUACCGCCUUAUCCUUGUCACACGCUCUCGGCUGUGCUCCCGUCUGCCAUUUUAUGGGAGUAGCCAUAUACCUCACACGCACACACCAGGGCUGUGCAAAAUUCAGAAUUUCAGUGUGACUUAAAAAAAAAAAGGCGGCCACUUUAUUUUCAUAAAGUCCACAUGAGUCCUUAGAAUAAUAUUUGUACAACAUUCUUGUUGUAAACAGUCUUACACACUGAUUUUGCAUCAGGAAUUUCUUUCAGUUGAAUGGAAUCUGAAUUCUACUUCCCGCCAUUUGAAUUUCAGUUGCAAUUCUGCGGCCAGUUUGCCACCUCAAUUCAAAUUCAAGCUCAAAUUUAAGAAUUGAGUUGGAAUUUAGGGGUCGGUUUUAAUUCAAUUCUGAAUUUUGCACAGCCUUGGCACACGCAUGCACGGAGGAGGAGCGUCGGCAGUUACAUUUAACACCCUUUUAUUUUUUCUUGGGUGUCUUUUUUAGUGCUACCCCUUUGCCUUUAACGGCGUUUCAUCCUUUUUUUGUACAGUAAUUGUCAGCGAUUGUCCUCAUUUGUUUUUGUGCAUGUGGUCCAAACUGCAGCAUGCGUGACAUGCGGUAAGAUAGGUACAAUUUUAUUUUUGGGAUGUUUUGUAAGCAAAUUUUGUUGAUGACCAAAAAUAAAAAAUUAAAAGAAAAACCCUUCAACAU